AUGGCUUUCACAAGAAAAUCGUCUCGGUUCCGCUUCUGGCGCUCGUCUGCUUCUUUGGCACCGGAGAAACCGCUCGCUGCUGCAUCUCCUGCGCCGUCGUCGUCUCAGGCUGUGGUUAGCGCGCCAGUGCCGGAAGAUAGAGACCGACUCGUCAUUGUCGUCUCCGCCGAUCAUAAACUCUCCGUCGUCUCCCCCCGAAUCAAGCACUCCAUCAUCCCCCCGGAAUCAAGCACCCCGCCCACGCCAGCCGACCACACGCGGUCGCCGAAAUCAGCGCAUCAGUACAUCAUUCCCGAAUGCUGCAAAGCCGACACGGAAGCGCAGGACGUAUCUUCGCCGUGGGAUGAGCAUGUGGACGAUUACGUGUCGGCUGUGAUUGCGAUUCCGCAUUUGAGCGCGAUGCAGAGGUUUGAGAUGCUGAAUCGCGUGAAUGAGUUGCUUGUGCCGCUCAAGUCGGAGUGAUGGAGGUGUAAAAGGGAGGUAGAGUUUUAUAGUCAGACGAUUAGAUGUAUUUGUG